GCUGCUUUCUACUCACGCCCACUGCGAGUCGGAGCAAAGAGCUAUUCCCGUGCAUUCAGAGACGGCCCCGGUCCUCGGCUGCGCGCUGUAUCGCAUCAGAACCACGCACAGCGUGAGAAAGGAACCUAGCCGCUUCCCCGCCGCGAGGAACACCGCGUGCGGUUCAUUCAAUCUGGAACGUCAGAUGGUGGUGCUGGCGACAGCGCGAGAUACGCUGCGUCUUUUGUCCCGCUUCCACCGGGCUGUGUUUGUCGCCGUGCAUGUGAGUUUCGUUAAGUACCAAACGGCUGUUGGGGAAACGGACCGCCGGAGGAUGCAAAGCGCCUUAGACAAAUACUCCAGCCUCACCGAUGCCGGGAGAGCAGUUUAAAUGCCCAUCACCAGUCUUUUUUGUAUGGGCUUAAAUCUGAGAAGUAACGCAAAGUUGAAGACUGUUCUCGUGCGAGGUAACAGUUACAGUUUUCAAAAGCGUUCAUUCGUUUUCACAUCGCGACUCAGAGAAUCUAUCUUCUGAGGGAGGAGCGAUGAGUGCAGCUCUAUCGCCGUAAACAACACUGGCUCGCUUUGUCUCAGACACCGACUGCGCGGAAGACGGUUGAUACGGCUUGCUAUUGAACUGGGCGAAGCAAUUUUUAAAGCGCUUUGUGCACUCCAUUUUGUGCAUCGAGGUUUUUUCGGGGGAUUUUGUGUGUAUUCGUUUUGACAGUAACUUGACAAGUCCUGCCUUGUCGCAAAUUUAAAUUUGCUUUGACUUUCCACUGUACGUUGGACAAAGCUGACAUUUUAGUACAAGUGCGCACCGUGCGAAUAAAAGGACUUUCUAGACCUCUCACAGCUGGGCACAACCAGUUUGACUCCACUGAAGACAUUUAUUCUGCUUGGCUGGCAAACAUUUGGAUGUUGUUUUCUGCACGAGUACGGGGGAACAUUUGGCGUUAAGGACGCGGCGCGGUGGUCUAUCGCCUAGUCUCCUGCCAAGAGAUCUGGGCAUUUUUGGAGUUACAGCGACCCACGUGGAGCAAGAUCCCAGUGUGGCCAGAUCACCAUGGGCUGUUGCAGUGGCCGAUGCACUCUGGCCUUUAUCUGUGGCAUGCAACUGAUUAGCAUCUUGGAGCGGCAAAUAUUUGAUUUCCUUGGUUACCAGUGGGCACCAAUUCUCACCAACUUUGUCCACAUCAUCACAGUGAUCCUGGGCCUCUUUGGGACAGUGCAGUUCAGACCAAGAUACGUGACUGGGUAUGCUGUCUGGCUGGUGCUCUGGGUCACCUGGAACAUCUUCAUCAUCUGCUUCUACCUGGAAGUGGGUGACCUUUCCAAGGACACGGACCUGAUCAUGACCUUCAACAUCUCCAUGCACCGCUCCUGGUGGAUGGAGAACGGGCCCGGCUGCAAGGUCACCCCAGUGACCCCCCCGCCCUCGUGGGCUCCGGAGGACCACCGCUACAUCAGCAUCGCCGGCUGUGCGUUGGAGUACCAGUACGUGGAGGUGGCACACAGCUCCGUGCAGAUCGUCCUAGCCCUUGCUGGUUUCAUCUAUGCCUGUUACGUGGUGAAACUCAUUUCAGAAGAAGAGGACAGCUUUGAUUUUAUAGGUGGGUUCGACUCCUAUGGUUACCAAGGACCACAGAAGACAUCUCAUUUGCAACUACAACCAAUGUAUAUGUCAAAAUAACAAGGAAAACUGCCUUAUAAACCAAUCAAAUAGAGAACUGCUGUUUUAACAUUUUGUCUUUUUACGUAAAUGUCUUAAUAUGAUAGUGUCUUAUGAACUGUCAAAGGAACAUGAAACAUGGCACUUUAACCUUAAAGGCUGGAACCGACCCACUGGACUUCCUUUGUCUCAGCCUAGCGCUUCCUGUCUGGUGCCUUGCUGGAGAGCUGGCCUGGGUCCUGCCUCCCAGCAGGCACAAGGGAGCCCCCCUGUGGCGGAGGUGCUGUCUGCAGGCAUCCUGCUCCACUCUCCGGCAGCGGCGUCCUCCCCACGCAUGACAGCCAAAGCAAAAGGGUGAUACUGGACGAGCAGAGUACAGAUCGCCGUGGAUAUCCGGAAAAAAGAGUGAAAAGGAUGAGAGCCUUUUCGCACAAAGCUGACUCGCCUCGCGCUGGACAGUGUCACUGUGUUCUGGUUCUGACCACACUAGAAAUACUCCUUACAUAAAGAAUGUUCAAUAACCAGUCGGCCUUGGCUUUAGUCACCUGACAUAGUGUUGAAGGAUUGAUAGCGUGAAUUAACAAGAAGAAUCAUAUGUGUGCGUUUACAUAUGGUUAUUCCAGUGGGUUUGGGAUGCCAUGGCAUCAAGGGGUUAAUUCCGUAUGCGUUAAAUAACUGUAUCCCAAAUUGUUUUCAUGUGUAUUAUGGGUGUAUUUGUCUUGAAAGUGCCAAGAACAGUUGCGAGAAAAUCAAUAUCAGAAGAUUCAUAAAUCAGAAGAUUCGUAUUUUCAGACGUCCAAAAUCUCACUUCACCCCUUGAAAGUCAUCUUCAGAUUGACUGUAUUUGUUUGCAUGAGGUGUCAUGUAGCAUAUUAAUCUGUAAGAGCAGGAAAUAGCCCAGCCUAGGCCGAACAGCUGCCCUUUCUACAGCUGUCUUUAGCUCCUAAAGUUUAUGUGAAUAUUGUGCUUUUUCUAAGAAAGUGUUCAGUCUUGUUAAGAAGAAAAAUGAAGAGAAAACUAAUGUACCUUCUUUCUAUUCAAAGCUUUUUUAACAUGUGUGCCAGUGUUCACUCUUUUCUAGUAGACUAAAAUUUUAUGUUGUGACAGUGGGACUUUCUUUUUAAAUGUAUAUAGAUGCAGGGGAAACCUUGGCAAAAAACGACAAAAAAGCUGUACCGUUUCAGUAGUAUGAUGUGAAAGGGUGUGUGUGUGUGUGCGUGUGUGUGUUGUGGCUGAAACAUGCUUUGCCACUAUCACAUGAACCUAUGAGCAAGCAUAGGUUGGCCUCCAUGCCUGCUCUUCAGGACGGUGGCCUCACCCCCAUCAACAGUAAACUAGCAGCAUUUGUUUGUCGAUUACUGUUAUACAAACAAAUCGUUUACAAUACGAGGGUUUUUUUGGGGGGGGGGGGAUUCUUCACCAAUAGAAGUGUGCAUAUGGACUUCUGUGUAGGCUACUAUUAAGACAUCAAUACAAAGAAAUGAGUUUCUUUUUUAAGUGAAUUUUCUAUUCCCCAUAAUAUCUCAAGAUCUUUCAUGUCAAAAUAAGCUGUAAGAUGGUGCAUGGAAGUGUGGAAUAUUUACAUUUCGGUCAUGCUAUUACGUCCAACUGGGAGAGAGAAGGACACACGAGACCUAGCGCCCACUUCCUGUUUGAAAACAGACCAUGACCUAAGUAGUUCUCCACUGUGCAGUUGCCUCAGAAUCUCAUAAAUGUCCAUAGAAAUGUUCGGGUGCACGUAUGGAUGGAAAUCUGCGCUGUAUGGGAUCUAUGUGGAAAGUGCCUGAUCCAGUGUCCUGUUAACAUUCCAGUCAAUAAUAACCUGUGCUUCUCCUUACAGUUGGCUGGUUAGUAAAUCGGUCCAUGUGGGCAUAUUUUGUCACACCCCUCGUGAGUGGUGCUGGCAAAGCCACAGAGCUUUGGUGAUUAAUAACGAUGUUGCAGCCCCACCACUUUUCAGGCCUUAUUGGCUAAUAAUUCCCCACAGUCGUCUUUCAUGGUUGCAAAGUUUUCCCCCGAUGCUCCAGGUCGAGUGUGAAUAUGCUAGCUGCUAGUCUGAAUUAGUGUACUUAAAAGAGAUGACAGUGAGCGUUGUGACAGUAUUUAGGAUUUUGCCUUUGAAAUGACGUUACAGCAAUAGAGAGUAACCAUUGUGUAACUUGGAGGGUGAAUUUACAGUAUUUGCUGAUUUAUUACUGGUCUGAUUAGCUCCCACGCGAGCCUGACUUCUGCACUGGACGGUUUCUCCUCAGAGACUUCUGUAAAUAUAUCUCUGUUUCAGACAUCAUGGUGCUGGAUUAGUCCUAACAUGCUGAUACUGUUGCAGGACGGCAUGUAGGCAAAAAACAAAAAAACAACAACAAAAAAAAACCUGCUCGUUCUCGCUCUACUGGCUGAACCCAGUCAUGUGUUGUGUGGGGUUUGCCCUGUAUCAGUAAUAUUUGCAGCGCUGCUCUUGGGUGCUGCUCAGUGUUUAGAUAAUGGAGACUGAGCUCAGCUCGAGUGAGAGUUCUCCAGAUGGAAACAGAUUGGCUGAUCCUUCUGCAUGAUGCUUCUGUCUGGUUUAUAUGGAAACCGUCCUGACAAGCUGCUGUUUACUGUCCCAAGUUGUAAAUAAAAAAUGUUUCUGAAA